UGUUCAUCUGAGGGGACUUCCCGGUUGCCGUUCGGAUUUUCGUUUAAAAGCGAACGCGGCAUCAUGAUGGCUAUCCAGUUUUACUUUUGACACGCGCUGUAAAGGUGUCAAUUACCAUGAUGAGAUUGUCCUCUUACUUCAUUCACUUAUCGACGUUAUAUGUACUCCUCUUUGGUUUCUUCGAGCAUGCGGUGCUUGCCAUUCCCAUUAACAACACGAAUUUCAUCAAUGCAACCGAUUCUCCGUGUUCAGAGUGCCUAAGAAUUGUCAGCCGAAAGGAAUGGAAUGCCAGGAAACAUCUCAAUUUCGAGAUCAUGCCAAUAAAACCAGUACCGUACGUAGUGAUCCAUCAUGGUGGUAUACCUAAGUACUGUCGGGAUCAGGAGACAUGUUCUGAUAUCGUUAGAACCUAUCAAGAUUUGCAUCUGGAUCAGCGAGGCUGGUGGGACAUUGGAUAUAAUUUCGUCAUUGGCGAAGACGGUAACGUUUACGAGGGUCGCGGUUGGGAUUAUACUGGCGCACAUGCAAUUGGAUACAAUACCCAGAGUAUUGGCAUAUGCAUCAUAGGAGAUUUCACUGACUUUCUUCCGAACGAGGCCGCCCUGAAGGCGUUGAACAAGCUGAUAGCUUAUGGAGUUUUAUUCGGCAAGAUAAAGAAGAAUUACAAUGUGAUUGGUCAUCGACAAGUGCGAGACACGGAAUGCCCAGGCGAAACUUUUUACAAGUUCGUAGUUAAUCUUCCUCGUUGGACUGCAAAUCCAAAACCUAAUAUACGUCUGAUCCCCACAACAAAGUCGAUAAAUAAUACUGUAGAAGAAAACAGCAAUGCGAAUGUUAUUCUAUGAUGACAUUUCUAGAUCCUUGUCAAAUAUAUCGAUCGUAAUUAUAACGAAUAUUAAUUAACGUAACAAAGGAUUGUAAAUAUGACAAAAUUAUUUUAUUUUUACA